AUGUCGUCCUCGCCCGUUCCUCUCCUCAGACCACCAGUACCUGGCAAUCGCGGCAACGGACCUCGACCUCCAAAACUCACGCUGGGCAUUCCUCCAUCCCCGAACAGCAGACCCGUCGACGGGAAUGGCGUCGGCCCCGCCGCCGCAGCUCCCGAAGCUCCCCAGCCUCAGCGACCGUCUACUCGUCCCGCUCCUCCUCAACUGCGACUUGCGACCCCCAUGGGCAGCAGCUCGGAUGUGCCCCAGGAAGUGCCUCGACUGGCCAAUGGCAGACCAGCCCCUCCGCCUCUGGCAACCACGGGGUUGAAUGAAUCAACCGGACAUUCGAGAUCCAGCAGUUUUACGUACCUGGAUGGAAAAGCUAGUGGCCCGGCGUCCGCAUCGUCGUCGAAUUACUCUGCACUCUCAUUCGCCAUGGGUCUCCGGCAACCGCAUGGCAGCACUCCAGAUCCCUCGUCUGCGAUCAGCUCGGUGUACUCCGACAGGGAGGGAGGUGUGCAGAUGGAGCGCGAUAACAGCGUCAACGGACUUCUUCCCGAUUUGGAUAAGUUGAGUCUGGAAAAGGGCAGGCCCCUCGACGUUGAUGAUUUGGAUGAUGAAGGUUGGCUGGCUGCAAGUGAGCAAAAGAAGAUUAUUGAGUUGGGUAGUCUGGGUGAGGGCGCUGGUGGUGCCGUCACACGAUGCAAGCUGAAGGACGGCAAGACCGUCUUUGCCCUGAAGAUCAUCACGACCGACCCCAACCCAGAUGUGAAGAAGCAGAUCGUUCGAGAACUCAACUUCAAUAAAGACUGUGCGUCAGAGCACAUCUGCCGCUACUACGGCGCUUUCAUGGACAAGUCGACGGGAACAAUCUCAAUUGCGAUGGAGUUUUGCGAAGGAGGAAGUUUGGACAGCAUUUACAAGGAGGUCAAGAAAUUGGGGGGCCGAACAGGAGAGAAAGUACUCGGCAAAAUCGCCGAAGGUGUUCUGAAUGGCUUGACAUACCUACAUAGCAGGAAGAUUAUCCAUCGAGAUAUCAAACCCUCAAACAUUCUCCUGUGUCGAAACGGCCAAGUGAAGCUCUGUGACUUUGGCGUCAGCGGCGAAUUCGGGACCAAGGGAGACGCCAACACAUUCAUCGGCACAUCUUACUACAUGGCUCCCGAACGAAUCACCGGCCAAUCCUACACCAUUACAUCUGACGUUUGGUCCCUUGGUGUGACGCUGCUGGAGGUUGCGCAGCAUCGUUUCCCGUUCCCUGCCGAUGGCACCGAGAUGCAGCCAAGAGCCGGAUUGAUAGAUCUUCUUACAUACAUCGUUCGCCAACCCAUCCCCAAGCUGAAAGAUGAGCCCGAAAACCGUAUUCGCUGGUCCGAUAACUUCAAGUACUUUAUUGAAUGCUGUCUCGAAAAGGAACCUCCACGAAGAGCUACACCAUGGCGGAUGCUGGAACAUCCCUGGAUGCUAGACAUGAAAAAUAAAAAGGUCAACAUGGCCAACUUCGUCCGGCAGGUGUGGGGCUGGCAAGAUUGA